GGAGUCAACUGAGAUAGAGAGAGAGAGAGAGAGAGAGAGAGAGACUGUGUCAGACAGACCGCUUUCUCCUCCUCCUCCGACGAGAGUGAGAGGGAGAGGGGGAGAGGAGUAUACAUGGAAGAACACAGAGCUCAAAGGAGACUUGAGUCUCUCUGUCGCCACCUUCUGCAGCAAUCCAGUGACAGUUUGCCUGUUCUUCGCCAGGUACCGUUGAUUGGUGGGAAAUUGGAAUUGAGUGAAAGUGGAGAGGGAGAUGGAGAAGCAGUGAUUAUCGGAGGGAUGGUCUUGGACAUUCAUGCCGUGCCUUCCACUCCUCUCAUUCUCGGGACCACCUCCCCCGGCAAGGUUUAUUAUUUCUCGGGAGGUGUUGCGAGGAACGUAGCAGAGUGCAUGGCAAAUCUUUCAGCGAGGCCUUUUCUGAUCAGUGCUUUGGGCCAUGAUAUGGCAGGGAACUUGUUGUUGGAUCGCUGGAAAUCUGCUGCACUACCUAUUGACGGCAUACGGAGGCAUGAGGAUAUCCGGACUGCUGUUGUAUGCAACACGCUUGACUUAAAUGGGGAGGUAGCUGCAGGGGUCGCCAGUGUGCAAGAUAUCGAAACUUUUGUUUCAGCUGAGUGGAUUCAACAAUUCAGGAAGCAAAUACAUUCUUCUCCAGUACUAAUGGUUGACGCGAACUUGAGUCCUCUUGCUCUCGAAGCUUCCUGCCUAUUGGCUGCAGAAUAUAAAGUUCCUGUGUGGUUUGAGCCCGUGUCACUCACCAAGUCCAAAAGAGUGGUUUCUGUUGUCAAGUAUGUCACCUACACUUCUCCAAAUGAGGAUGAACUUAUUGCCAUGGCAAACGAACUUUCUCCUGGGAGUAGAAUUCAUUUGACUCACGUGGAAAAGAGCAUCAAGGAUCUCCCUCUGGAAUCUGUGUUUGAAAUACUGAAACCUGCAAUUUGGGUUUUGCUUGAGAAGGGCCUUAAAGUGGUCGUUCUGACUCUUGGCCGAAACGGGGUUUUAAUAUGUUCUCGAGGUGGGCCUAAUUUUAUGACAACCUUUUCUAAGAAUUCCCAAAGAUUCAGUUCUCGGAGACGACUCUUCAAUGCAGUCGCUUCUUCCUGUCCCUUGAGAAUGUAUGUCGAUCCAGGAAAAUCAUCCGAGGACAGCUCCCACCUCUUUGCCCUGCAUCUCCCUGCACUUCCUGCGACAGUUAAGAAGCUCACUGGGGCCGGGGAUUGCUUGGUAGGUGGAACCCUAUCAUCCAUUUCUGCAGGUCUGGACCUUGUACAGGCCAUUUCGGUUGGUAUUGCUGUGGCCCGAGCGACUGUUGAAUCUGAGGAGAAUGUGCCCCCCACAUUCAAUCCACAGGAGCUUGCAGAUGAUGCCCGGUCUGUAUAUUCUGCUGCCACGGUUCUGUUCCGCGGGCCGAUGCGCAUUUCAAGUCGGGAGAUCGUAUAUCAUGUGGAUUAUUCUUUCGCCUCCCCGUGCGUAGCCUAUAGUUCAAUAACAGUGGCAUUCCUUAAGAACUUGGAACUUGAUCCCAGAGUACUUGUUCUACUUCCAAGUUCCAAAAAAAGUGUUUUUCUAUUUGCCGGAAAACAGCGUCGUCUUCACCAGUUUUCCGUUUGUAAUUUUCUUCUUCUGAGGACGAGGCUGGACGAAGCUUCUUCUUCCUUCAUUGAUGAGAAGUUGUUUCUCAGGAUCGAAUCGUAUGUCUGUAUGUAUAUGAGGACGUUGAGAGAGGGUCUCAUCCUUCAAGCAAAGGCCAUAAAAUACGGCUUUACGCCCACAGUCUUCUCGUCCAAUCAGCUCAUCCAUCUGUACUCGAGCAAUGGCCUCCUCAAAGAAGCCCAGAGGCUGUUUGACGAAAUGCCCGAGAGAAAUGCCUUCUCUUGGAACGCCAUAGUUUCAGCUCACGUGAAAGCUCGAAACUUGACGCAGGCAAGAGCACUGUUUGAGGCCGCAACUCAGAGGGAUAUUGUGACCUACAACUUGAUGCUGUCGGGCUAUGUCAGCGCAGAAGGGUAUGAGACAGACGCGGUGGAAUUGUUCAGGCAAAUGCAGUCGAUGAGUGAUGUCAUUAAACUUGAUGAGUUUACGCUUACCACGAUGCUUAACUUGGUGGUGAAGUUAAGCUCGGUUUCUUGUGGCAGGCAAUUGCAUUCGUACAUGGUGAAGACGGGCAAUGAUUUGAACGGCUUUGCUAGGAGCUCUCUCAUUGAUAUGUAUUCUAAAAGGGAGUCUUUUGGGGAGGCUCUUAAGGUGUUCGGUCAGCUGGGUGGGAGGGUUGAUUUGGUCUCCAGGAAUGCAAUGCUGGCUGCUUGUUGUAGGGAAGGUGAACUCGGAAUGGCCUCAGAUCUUUUCUGGAGAGAGACUGAGCUCAAUGAUGCCGUGUCUUGGAAUACGCUGAUCUCUGCUUUUGCUCAAAAUGGUUUCGCAGAGGAGUCAGUGAAGAUGUUUGUGGAGAUGGGGAAGAAUGGGAUUAGAUGGAAUGAGCACACAUUUGCUAGCCUCUUGGGUGCUUGCUCUGCAUUGAAGGAUCUCAAGCUUGGAAAGGAGAUCCACUGUUGGGUUGUAAAGAAUGGAUCAAUUUUGAAUCCAUUUAUUAGUAGCGGUAUAAUCGAUGUAUACUCUAAGUGCGGCAAUAUGAAGUAUGCGGAGUCAGUUUAUGCAACUGAUGAGGUCGUGAACUCCUUUUCAAUCACAAAUAUGAUUGUGGGCUAUUCAUCUCAGGGCAACAUGUCUGAAGCUCGGCGGUUGUUUGAUUCAUUGACCGAGAAGAACUCUAUCAUAUGGACAGCUCUGUUUUGUGGCUAUUUGAAGAGCCAACAGUGUGAAGCUGUAUUUGAGCUCUUGAAUGAGUAUAGAAAAUGGGAGCCGAGCAAUGUUCUUGAUCCUCUGAUCAUCGUGAGUGUCCUUGGUGCCUGUGCUUUACAAGCAGGUCUGGAACCAGGAAAACAAACUCAUGCUUAUAUACUGAGAAGAGGAAUCGUAAUGGAUGAAAAAUUAACAAGUGCCUUGAUGGACAUGUACUCUAAAUCAGGCAGUCUAGGACAUGCAGAAAAGAUUUUUGACGAAGUAAUCAAAAGAGAUCUAGUGCACUAUAAUAUCAUGAUUGCAGGUUAUGCUCAUCAUGGGCACAGGGACCGAGCAUUCCAACUAUACCAUAAAAUGCUGGACAAGAGUUUGAGGCCGGAUACGGUUACAUUUCUUGCUCUGCUAUCUGCUUGUCGUCACUGUGGACUAGUUGAAGUGGGCGAGAAAUAUUUCCGCUCAAUGACCGAAGAUCACAACAUUUUGCCUGAAAUUGACCAUUACUCAUGUAUGAUUGAUCUUUAUGGGAGGACGAAUCAGUUAGAGAAGGCAGUAGAUUUCAUGAAAACAAUCCCCACUGAUUUUGAUGCAGUGAUCUGGGGAGCCUUCUUGAAUGCUUGUAAGCUGAAUGGAAAGCUCCAACUCGCGAGAGAAGCAGAGAAGAGACUUCUGGCUAUUGAAGGAGAGAACGGGUCCCGGUAUGUACAGCUGGCAAAUUUGUAUGCGGAGCAUGGGGAUUGGGCCGAGAUGGAAAGAAUAAGGAGGAAAAUGAGAGGGAAGGAAGUGAAGAAGCUCGCUGGGUGCAGUUGGGUGUAUGUGGAGAAUGCAGUUAACGUUUUCACUUCAGGAGACACGUCCCACGGGAAAGCAGAGGCAAUAUAUUCAACCUUAGGCUUCUUGACAGGAGAGCUGUCUGAAAUGGCCGAUAGGAGAAUUAGGGAGAGCUCUCCCACAUUGUGAUUUCUAUACGUAGGGAUUAGGAUGUGACUUUGAAUGCUUGGGUUGAAGAACUUGAAUUUGAAAUUUUGAACAAUUCUCCGGGAACGGACAGAUGAAAAUAGCAUGCAGGUGCGUAUAUGAAGAGAAAAGACAAGGUAUAUUCUUCUGGGAGCAUUCCUUAGUACAUGUACAGAAGAUCCUGCAUUUCUCCAAUGAUAAUAGAUGGCACUGCCUACACUUAACAGCAUCGGAGGAGCAGUCUUUGCAUUCGUUUAUUGGGUUGUUGGGGAUGAGUGAAGCUAAAGUGAAGCGACCUGUGAAAAUUAUCGAGGCAAGAAGGGCAUAAAAUGCGCAGUUAACACUAAGCCAAUGAGUGGUUUGAUAUCAAUGAAGCGGAACUCUUUUCUAUCGGCUGCAAUUUGCUGCAUUUGCAAAAACGACCAAUUUUUUCUCCAGUGCUUUCUAGGAAUCCUGAUCUGCUUCAGGAUUGUGAGUGACAAAUGGAAGAUGUCUUCUUUUCCUCGAGGAAGCACGAGUAUGGAGCCGUAAGGAGCAUGUCAAUUUCGGACUAAUUUUUUCCUUUGAGAAGUACCGGUGAUGGUUAAGCUACGAUUCACCACUUCUCGCAAGUAUGAAGAGGAAAUCAUCUGCCAUGGACUAGCGUAGUCGAUUGCUUUUGUCUGUUAAGAGAAAUAGCGGAGGAAGAGUUGAAGGCAUGUUGUGCAUUGUGAAAGAGGCAGGGACGUAAGGCCAUUUCUUUUUUCUUUUUUUUUUUUUAAAGAAUAUAUGACCCUCCCUUACCAACUACCAGAGUCGAAUCGGACACUUGUCAAUUGAAGAAAGGUAGCUUUACAGUUUAAAAAUUGGAAACCUUACAACUACCUGGUCAUCUUGUAAUUUUGUUAAAUUAAUGUGAUAUAAAAGGUCAAGUGAUGGACC